AUGACACCUAAUGAGCUAAAUUACACGCCAAUUGAAAAGUUGUGUUUGGCGCUAGUCUUCUCGAUUCAAAAGCUGAAGCACUACUUUCAAGCUCAUAGUGUUAACCUCAUUUCCAGAGUAAAUCCCAUCAAGUUUGUAAUGUCAAAACCGGUCCUCAGUGAUCGACUAGCAAGGUGGUACAUCCAGUUUCAACAAUUUGAGAUUACAUACAUCCCUCAAAAGGCUGUAAAAGGACAGGCAUUGGCAGACUUCCUAGCAGAUCACCCGAUACCUGAUGACUGGGAGCUAACUGAUGAACUUCCCGACGAAGAUGCAAUGGUCGUUGAAAUUCAAUCUCCGUGGAAAAUGUACUUUGACGGUGCUGCACAACGUGAUGGAGCUGGUGCUGGUGUGGUGUUUGUUACUCCACAGGGAGAAGUUCUACCAUACUCCUUCACUUUGACACAACAUUGCUCCAAAAAUGUCGCUGAAUAUCAAGCACUAAUACUUGGACUUGAAAUGGCCAUCGACAUGAAGCAGUUGCAGUUGCAAGUCUUUGGUGACUCUCAGUUGGUGAUCAAUCAACUCUUGGGAAGCUACGAAGUCAAGAAGCCUGAAUUACUCCCCUAUCAUGGUUAUGCUCAGAAAUUGAUAGAGUGGCUUGGUGAUGUGACUCUUCAGCAUGUUCCUAGGAGGGAAAAUAAGAAAGCUGAUGCUUUAGCUGCUCUAGCUUCAGCGCUUACUCUGCCAGAUCAAACACAAGUGACUAUCUGUCAAAAAUGGGUAGUACCUCCGUCAAAUGAAGAUGAAGGCGCGGAAAGUGAGCUUGAGCAUCUCGUAGCUGUUUCUGAAGCUACAAAGGAAGACUGGAGACAACCCAUCAUUGACUACUUAAGUUAUGGGAUACUGCCAGAAGACUCAAGAAAAAGAACUGAGAUUCGUCGUUGUGCACCUCGAUUCCUUUACUACAAGGAUACCUUAUAUAGAAGAUCUUUUGAGGGGAUACUCUUGCGAUGUUUGGGGGAGGAUGAAGCAGUCCAAGCUUUGCAAGAAGCACAUUCAGGAGUAUGUGGAUCACAUCAAUCGGGACCAAGGCUCCACUUCCACAUAAAAAGGAUGGGAUAUUAUUGGCCAACGAUGGUGAAAGAUUGCUUGGACUAUGCUCGAAGAUGCAAGGCUUGUCAGUUUCAUGCGAAUUUUAUACAUCAGCCGCCCGAAGCAUUACACCCGACCGUCGUAUCUUGGCCAUUUGACGCUUGGGGGUUGGAUGUCGUUGGUCCGUUGCCGAAAUCUUCUGGUGGACACUUGUACAUCUUGGCUGCAACUGAUUACUUUCUCAAAAUGGGCCGAAGCUGUCGCUCUUAA